UUCGCGCUCGCCGAAUGUAAACAAGCAUGUGCGAAUAAACAACAAACAGUGCACGCGUUUUGCAGCGUAUGCCGAUUUGCACAAUAUCACAAGAUGAGUGUUUUUCUAAGCAUCUUCAGAGUGCCACACUGCAGCAAAGGCUUUCAGCUGUGCUCUGUAGCCACGCUCGGUAAGCUCCGGUACACCACCAAGGUAAGGUGUGAGCUCGAUGCGACCACCGAAAAAGCGAUUGCCGAGGGUGGCCUCAAGCCUCGCAAGCACCGCGGCCGCAUCAAGUGCAACAAUACGGCCGUGCCGCCGGAAAUACACGACGCGAUGAUCCGCUGCGCCAAGGACCAUCCACUGAAAAGCCUGAUAGCCGAUGGGCAACGGUUGAGCAAUUGCGUUCGCUCGCGCAAAUGGUACCCGCUCGAUGGUACGGCCACGAAUCGGGGCGCGGAACGGGCGAUCGAACGGACGCCGCCCAGUGCCCGGCGGCAGGACGCGUCCGUGUUUGACCUGCACGACGAGUACAGCUGCCUGACGCAGCUGUUCGGCCGGUCCGAUGCGGAGUACGCGGUGCUGCGGCGCAUCUUCACCGAGAUUGACCAGCGCGAUCCGGAGCUGCGGCCGCGCAGCUUUCUCGACUUUGGGGCGGGCGUCGGCACGGGCACGUGGGCGGUGGCCGACUUUUGGCGCGACCACCUGUUCGAGAUACUGUCGGUGGACAAAUCGCGCCACGCGAACGAUCUGGCCGAGCUGGUGCUGCGCCAGGGCGAUCCGAACCGGGCGAGCAUGGUGCGGAACGUGUUCUACCGGCAGUUUCUUCCGGCGAGCCCGGAUCGCAAGUACGACAUCGUGCUGAGCGCGUUUUCGCUGUUCGAUCAACCGUCCCGGCGGCGGCUGUACGAGCUGGUGGACCAGCUGUACGGCACGUUCGACAAGUAUCUGAUCCUGGUGGAGCAAGGCUCGAACGCGGGCUUCCAGCUGCUGGACGGCGUGCGCAAUCACAUCCGGCGGCAUCACGAUGCGGACGAGAAGCAUCUCUUCGCACCGUGUCCCCACAGCAUGGGCUGCCCGCGGAUGAUCAAGGACGAUGGUACGCCGUGCAACUUUGAGGCCACCUACACGCGCAACUUUCCCGCCCCGGGUGGACAUCAGUACGGUAGCAUUCUUUACUCGUACCUGGUGUACAGGAGGAACCCUCCGGACAGUGCGCACGGGUUUCCGCGACUCGUACGCCCGACGGCGGUGCGCUCCAAGCAUUGCGUGUGUCACGUUUGCGCGGCGGACGGACAGCUGCGUGACGUUUCCUUUACCACGUCGAAACACGGCCAGAUUGUACAUCGAUGCGCCAAAGCUAGCCGGUGGGGCGAUCUACUUCCAAUGCGUAUCCAGUGGUUGAAUGGCGCGGAGGACGACGAGCACAGCGUGGAGACUUGAGGCGGAGUGGUUUGCUGAUUUGAAAUUGUGAUUAGAUGUGAAUAGAAGAGAAAUAAAAGUGUAUUAAUU